AUGGGGAGGCAUCCACCAAACACAGCAAACCAAAACCCUUUAAAGAGCCAGACGCAGCGAAACAAACCAAACUCAGGAAUCACAGGAAUCGCAGAAGAGGAAGAGGAAGACACCGUCACCGCACCAACACCACACCAACACCGUCACCACGCCAACACCGUCACCGCACCAACACCGUCACCGCACCAACACCGUCACCGCACCAACACCGCCGACCUGGAGGAACCCGGCAGCGGCAGCUUCAGUAGCCUGGCCCAGGAGGUCAGGGCACAGCUCCAGCAGAUCUACAGCCAGAACUCGGUGCUGGCCAAGUUCUACAAAGACUCCACGGUGCAGGCCUUCAGUGAAGGGGACGGCCAGCCGGAUGGCAUGGUGGCAUAUUAUGAGUCCGAGUUUGAGCUCCCGGUCGUCCAGCUGUCCUCCCUGGACGAAGCCAUGGCGUCUCUGGAGGUGACAAGAAGUCAGCGUGGACGGCUGCUGAGACCCGACGCGGCGUUGAGGGUCAGCAAUGUCUCAUCUGGAGCACUGGACCCCCGGCUGACCAGGACCAACAUGUCUGAGGAAGCUCCAAUCAGCGUCCACGUGAGGAAGAAUGGCCGCAUUGAUUCUCCCGGGUUCGCCAACGCCCCCUACGCCCCCAACAUGGCCCAGAAGUGGCGGCUCCGAGCCGACCCGGGUCACCGAGUCCGCUUGGACUUCCACACCCUGAUCCUGGAGGACGACUGUGAGCAGGACUUCAUCCAGAUCUAUGACUCACUGGCUCCCAUCCGGCUCCGCCUCCUCACUGAGCAGUGUGGAUACCCGCAUGGCUCCCUGGCCUUCGUGUCGUCUGGGAACGUCAUGCUGCUGAUGCUGGUCACCAGUCAGGACAAGAACUUCCCCGGAUUCAGAGUCUUCUACUCCCAGGUUCCUGCAGCCAGCGGAGAUUGCGGCGGGACACUGAGAGGAGAACGAGGUUCGUUCUCCUCGCCGUUUUUCCCGGCCAACUAUCCUCCCAAAGCGGACUGCAGCUGGAGCCUCCAGGUUCCUGAGGGAAGGUUUGUGAAGGUCCAGUUCCAGAGGUUUUCUGUAGGGAAGGACGGAUCGCCGUGUCUCCAUGACUACGUGACGAUUGACGAGAAAAGAUUGUGUGGCAGCCAAUCAGAAUCCUCCGUGUUCAUCAGCCAGAGCAACAAGAUGAGUGUCGGCUUCAGGUCAGACCGGGGGCUCGUCUACCCGGGCUUCAGCGCCCGGUUCGAGGCCUUCGUCCCCACCGACCCUUGUCCUGGGAAGUUCAGGUGUGGCACCAACCUGUGCAUCAACACGACGCUCCGCUGCGACGGCUUCAACGACUGCGGCGACAACAGUGAUGAGAUCGACUGCACCUGCGCGGCGAUGCAGAUGAAGUGCAAGAACAACAUCUGCAAGGCAAAGUUCUGGAUGUGUGACGGCGUGGACGACUGCGGCGAUAACUCUGACGAAGAUGGCUGCGGGAAAUGCGGCGCCGCAGAGUUCUCCUGCAGGAACGGCCGCUGCGUCUCCAACGCGCUGCGAUGCGACGGCAGAGACGACUGCGGCGACGCCUCCGACGAGUCCGCAUGUCAGAAAUGUAAGGACACCAGAAACGGGUCAGAACCAGGUCAGAACCGGUUUGGACGGCAUUGUGCUGCAGGAGACGUACAGUGAGGUCGUCAGGGAUGGACAUACUAAGGUGGCGUUGACUGGAUGCUCAGUUGGUUCUAAUGGGCCCAAAGUGCCCAGUAGAAAUCCAGGCUCAUCAGACCAGGCAACGUUUUCCAAUCCUCUCUUGUCCAGUUUUGCUGGUCCUGUGUGAACUGCAGCCUCAGAAAGGAGGCGCCGGUCUGGUCAUCUGCUGCUGUAGCCCCUCUGUCUUAAGGUUUGACGUGUUUUGCAUUCAGAGACGCUCUUCUUCACUCGUUAGAACUCGGUCGUAACAGCUGGUUAUUUGAGUUUCUGUUGCCGUUCUAUCGGUUCAAGCCAGUCUGUCCGUUCUCCUCUGACCUCUGACCUCUGGCAUCAACAAGACUUUUGCGCCCACAGAGCUGCCGCUCACUGGAUAUUUUCUCCUUUUGGACCGUCCUCUGUAAACCCUGGAGAUGGUUGUGGGUGAAAAUCCCAGUACAUCAGCAGUUUCUGAGACACUCAGGCCAACAGCCAUCAAAGUCUCUUAUCUCCUUUCUUCUCGUUUUGAUGCUCAGUUUGAGCUGCAGCAGGUCGCCGUGGCUACCACAG